CACUGUAACUCAGCUGAACUCCCAUCUCCUGCCAACAUGACCUACAGCGGCUGUUCUGGAAACUUCUCCUCCCGCUCCCUUGGGGGCUACCUGCGCUACCCAAGCUCCUCCUGUGGCUCUUUUUCCCCCAGCAACCUGGUCUACCGCACUGACCUCUGCUCUCCCAGCACCUGCCAGCUGGGCUCCUCCCUCUACAGCGGCUGUCAGGAAACCUGCUGUGAGCCCACCAGCUGCCGGACGUCCUGCGUGGUGUCCAGCCCCUGCCAGACGUCCUGCUCCUGCCCAAGGACCUCUGUGCUCUGUAGUCCCUGCAGGUCAAUUUACACUGGAUCUCUGGACUGUGGAUCCAUCAGAGGCUACUGCCUGGGGUAUGGACCUAGAAGUUCCUACUCCCUGGGCUGUGAAUUCCAGGGCUUUGGAUCCCUGGGUUAUAGAGUCUAUGGGUUCCCUUCCCUGGGCUAUGGGUCCAGCGUCUACUGCCCUACCUACCUGGCUUCUAAGAGCAGACAAACUUCCUAUUGCCAACCAACCUGUAGAUCUGGUUUCUACCACCAACCAACUUGUUAA